CCGGUGGCGAGUAGCCAGGUACUGUUUUGUUGUCUGUAGGGCUUCAGGGAGUGUGGCGCUGUUUCCUGCUCUCUGACCAAUCAUUUUAAACAAAAACAUGCGGGGAUAAGCGGGGCGGCGCUGUUCCUCCGAACAACACGCAGAAUUUGGCUUCUCCCCUCACUAGCCACAGCUUCUCACACACAUGCAGACAAAGCUAAGCAGGAAAAACACGAAGAGUCUCCACGCUAAACCCAACGGUGAUCUCUUAUUCCCAGACGGAGAACGUGAGUGGCAGCUGUUUUAGCUAAUCAGCGGAUGGAAAGAGGAACACAGGAGCCAAUCAGAUUUGUCCGCAGUGCCGGUGUGGGUGUUACUCAAAGCCCGACAGGAUACACAAGCAGCAGCAGCAGUGUCAUCAGCCGUAGAUGCACACGGGGCACGUAGGAGAAUCAUCCGGACAGGGUGGUGUUUUGCUGCUGUUAGGAGUGUUUUUUUUCCGCCUUCGUUGCUCUGAAAUUAAGAGGAAGUACGCCGACGUUUGCUCUUGUAGACGAGGGAAGAAUCACAUCUCAGUUCGGACAGGAUUGGAUUAAAUGUUUUCGCCACACAGGACACUGAGCGGUGAUUCCUGCUGCCUUUUUGGGCUAUAAGGACCUGUGAGGAAUAUUUCUGGUUAUCCACCUGAAACCUUGUUCGAUUUUGUUCUUCCCGAUGUGGAACAAUGGGGAAUGGACUCUCUGAACAGCCGACGUUCUGCUCCAACAUGUCGUUCUUCCAGUCCUUUCACAUUGCCAUUCUUGGACUAGAUGCUGCUGGAAAGACAACAGUGCUGUAUAGACUGCAGUUCAAUGAGUUUGUGAACACAGUGCCCACCAAAGGUUUUAACUCGGAGAAGGUCAAAGUGUCCCUGGGGGCCAACCGAACUGCUAACUUCCACUUCUGGGAUGUCGGUGGUCAGGAAAAGCUCCGCCCCCUGUGGAAGUCGUACACUCGGUGCACGGACGGCAUCAUAUUCGUGGUGGACUCUGUAGACACGGAGCGUAUGGAGGAGGCCAAGACUGAGCUGCAUAAGAUCACCAAGACCUCUGAGAACCAGGGAGUUCCUGUGCUGGUGGUGGCCAACAAGCAGGACUUGAGGCUCUCUCUGGGACUGGAUGAAAUUGAGAAGCUGCUGGCACUGAAGGAACUGGGCCCCACCACGCCCUGGCACCUACAGCCAUCCUGUGCUAUCAUCGGGGAAGGACUCAGGGAGGGCCUGGACAAACUCUAUGAGAUGAUCCAGAAAAGGAGAAAGAUGCUUCGACAGCAGAAGAAAAAGAAAUAAAUUAAUGAUCAAAUUGGAUUUUCUGCUUUUUAUUUUUUUAUUUUUAUGAAGGAACAAAUUUUUCCCCUGGGUGGAUUUCCAGUUCCACUGCAGGUUCUUUUUCACUGCGCUAAGUUUUCAGACCAGAAGUGAGCUUUAUGAUUCCUGGUCAUAGUCGGAUGUUAAAAUGCUGUUGAUCAGGAAGUGAUGGUAAAGGAUUGCAGUAGAAAGGGGUGAAGGUUUCAGGCAUGUGUGGAUGUGUUUUAAAGAGGAACUACGCAGCACUGAGGGUUUGGGGUCUGGAAGGGUGAGUGGAGGAGGUUAAAAGGAUGCUACAUGACUUCAAAUGGCUGUUUUUUGUAACAAUGUUACCAAAAAUAAUUCAAGGCUUUGACUAGCUGAAAGUCCAUUUGGUGAAUAACAGGUUUAAACAAUGUUGCACAUUAGAGGCAGUUGUAUUUAAUUGUUUAAAAUUUUAUAUAGAGUUCAUUUUUCCACACUGGAUUCCUUUGUUGUUUUGUAAAAGAAAAGUAUUAUGAGUUAUUACAGUAUCAUCUGAUUGUUUGCUGUCUUCAUCUAGUUUUUUUUGGAAAAUGCACUUUAGAUCAUCACCUUUUCUGGAGUUUACAGAUUAAAAUGGAUCAUAUUAUGUUUGAUUUCUAUAGAUAUAUUUGGACAGAAAAUGCUAAUGUACAGUGGUUUUUCCACACUGGCUGACAUCAGACAAUAUAUGUGUUAUGUUUUGUUAAAUAAAGUAUGUUUCAAACAA